ACCAAACCGCCAUUCCCAGGGCUUCCUCCCUUGGUGCCUUCCCUUACAAUGGUCGAUGGAAUCCCGGCCGGUUGACCGACCGCCCGACUCCUCGCAGCCUCCGGCCUCCGAUCGAGCAAGAACACCUCCCGACCCCCUUCCUUCCUCCCCCUCACAGUACGUCGCGCAUCGAUCCAUCUGCUCCAAAUCCAAUCCCCCUCCCCUCCCCUCCCCUCACCGAGCUUCUGGCAGCUGGAGUAGCUGUGAGAGGCAUACGGAAAUAUUAAAAAAGAAGGGGGAGGGAAUCCACUACUAGCCUAGCUAUUUGAGCAAAACGUAUGUGGGAAGAGCGGAGAUAGGAGGGACAAUUCCACUCACUGGCCAACCACAGCGCCUUCCUCCUCUCUCCCCUCCCUCCGCUCAAGAAAUCUACCGGAAACAAGCAAGCAGCAAGGAGCUCCUGUUCGUCUUCCGGCCGUCGUCUUCCUCCUCAUAUUCGGACAUCCGGAGCAAGAAUUGUUUGAGAGGUAGUCUGGCAAUUGGAGCCUUCGCAUGGAUGCAGCCCACUGGCCCCAGGGGCUAGGGCUGGUGAAGCCCAUGGAGGAGAUGCUGAUGGGAGCACCAAGCGCGAACCAGCAGGUGCAAGGGUCAAAUCCGAAUCCACCGGCGCAGGCCCCGUCGUCGGCGCCUGGGGCUGGGGGGCCCAUGAGGGGCGGGACGCCGGCCAUGGCAGUGGCAGGCUCCGGAGCUGGGGCUGGUAGCACGGAGCGGCGGCCGCGGCCGCAGAAGGAGAAGGCGAUCAACUGCCCGCGGUGCAACUCCACCAACACCAAGUUCUGCUACUACAACAACUACAGCCUCCAGCAGCCGCGCUACUUCUGCAAGACGUGCCGCCGGUACUGGACGGAAGGCGGGUCGCUGCGCAACGUCCCCGUCGGCGGCGGAUCCCGCAAGAACAAGCGCUCUUCGUCGUCGUCCGCAUCCGCCUCCGCUUCAGCGGCCGCCUCGGCGACUGCGUCCGUCGCGAACUCGUCCAUGGUCGGGGCGGCGCCGAAUAAGAACCCGAAGCUGGCGCACGAGGGCGCAGCGCACGACCUGAACCUCGCCUUCCCGCACCACCAAGGCGGGAUGCAGGCGGAUUACAUGGCGUUCCCGAGCCUGGAGAGCAGCAGCAUGUGCAACCCCGGCGGCGGGGCAAUGGCGGGCAAUGGCGCCCGGGCCGGUGGCGCGCUCUCCGCGAUGGAGCUGCUCCGGAGCACUGGCUGCUAUAUGCCGCUGCAGAUGCCGAUGCAGAUGCCCGGGGAGUACGGCGCCGCGGGGUUCUCGCUCGGGGAGUUCCGCGCGCCGGCGCCACCGCAGUCGCAGAGCUUGCUAGGCUUCUCGCUGGACGCGCACGGUCCGGUGGGCGGGGCUUCCACGGCGGGGUACGGCUCCAGUGCCGCGAUGCAAGGGCUGCAGGACAGGUCGGGAAGGUUGCUGUUCGCGUUCGAGGACUUGAAGCCGACGGCAAACUCUGGCGCCGGUGGCGGUGAGAGCGGCGGUGGUUCUGGCGCGGGCGUGGAUGGCGGCGACCAUCAGUUCGAGCAAGGCAACAAGGAGCAACAAGGCAAUGGCACCCCCGUUGGGCAGCCCGACACGCCGGGGUUCUGGAACGGCAUGAUCGGCGGCGGCGGCACCUGGUAACAUGGACGGCGGCGCCCAUGCAUGCAUAGCUCAUGCGAUCGGAGCGUCGGCUGUGCGUGCAUGCAUGCGCUUCCAAGCUGCAGCUGGAGAUAGGGCACAAAGGUUUAAUAAGAUGGUGGAUAUGGUGUUUGAUAUCUUUCUUUCUUUCUUUCUUUCUUUCUGGUGUUCUUCUCUUCUUCUUCUUCCUCGGAAUUGUGCUCUAGCCGUUCAUUUGUGUUUGGUGAUCGACUUGGGGGCUAGCUAGCUCUAACACAUCAGACUAUCAGAGUACACAACAUUUUAAUCUCUGUUCAUCGGUGUUAGCUUCAUUUUAGGCUGGCUUGGAGUUAGCUAGCUAGGCCUCGGUACAUACCUAUCCAGUACUACGUACAUGGCGUAUGUGGUGGUGCGGUUUCUCUGGUUUGCAGGGCCAACUUUAGGAGACCUGUAGGAGUGGGGAGAGGACCGAGCUACAGUGUGUUUGGUGGUAACAACAAUGCACUGCAUGCAUGCACGGUGUUUCAGCUUUGUGUGUAGAUGCACAGCGUUUGGGGACCGAGGCUUCCAAGUUUGUAGUAGUAGCAUGUAACUUUGUACUGAUAUUAUUUGUUACUUAUGUUACAUACAAUGA